GUACAGUACAUCACAUCACCGCCUUCUCGGGCCUGUUCCUAGCGUGGUGGUACAUGCAUUUCAACCUUUCGCAACUACUUGUUCUCACCCUUUUAAAACUCUAUUCCCGGGCCUACCUCCGUCUCACUCCCAUCAGAGAGUAUAUCAAAGAAUUCAGUUAGGAGAAGCAGCCAGCGUUCAUGGCGCGCAUCGAAACGAGAUAUGGUGCUACUAGAAUACCUCCAGAAGAAUUGCGUCGACAAUAGCAAAGGCCCCCAUAAACAACCUCCGGCGUCGGCACCAGUUAGAGGAUUUAUUUGUAACGACGACUCGGGUUCCACACACCGCACGUCGCUGUCGAGGUGGGGCUUACUGGGCCCGGCUGCUAGGAUUUUGAGAAAUGGCGUGGGUUUGGUCAACAGUACGGUUUUGACACUGAGGGAUGGCUUGAUGGAGGAGGAAAGGGAGGCCAGGAGGAGGAAGGAAGAGAUGAGGCAGAUUCUGGGGCUGCGGAUGCAGAACGCGGAGACCAUGGAACAAUGGCGGACGGCAGCCAGGGAGUUGGACGUUCUGGAAGACAACGUGGCCUGGAAGGCCGACUCCACGUCCUCCGAAUUCGAUGGCCCGCUGAUUGAGGCACGACUGAAGCAACUGGAUGAGGCAAGAACGAACGUAGAUAUCAAGGCCAUGCUGAAUCUUGUGCGGACUGCGCUGGUCAGGGAUUUGGGUGGGAUGGGCAAUCGAAGGCUUUACCAGCACUCGCACAUUGGGACGAAGGACUUGAUUGAGCGGUACAUCGACUCGACCAUUGACACUAUUCGAGCCCUUGUCGAAACGAGCAAAUACAGCCUACCGGAUGGCGUUGAGACGAAGGACAUCCUAGAGCAGGUCGUUUAUGCUAGACAAGCCUUUGGAAGGAGUGCUCUGUUAUUGAGUGGAGGAGCAACUUUUGGCAUGAAUCAUGUCGGAGUUCUGAAAGCGCUUUACGAAACAAGGCUCCUGCCGCGGAUUAUAUCUGGUGCUUCCGCUGGAAGCAUUGUAUGCGCUGUGCUUUGCACACGAACAGACGAGGAGAUUCCAGAUGUCCUGGCUUCCUUUCCCUUCGGUGAUUUGGCAGUCUUUGAGGAGCAAGGAAAGGAGGACGGGAUCCUCGAUAGGCUGCGGAGAUUACUGACUGAAGGAUCUUGGAUCGAUAUAAAGCAUCUGACCAGAGUGAUGCAUGAUGUACUUGGCGACAUGACCUUCCAGGAAGCUUACAACCGUACCCGGCGAAUUCUCAAUAUCUGUGUUUCGUCGGCCUCUGUCUACGAACUUCCUAGGCUUCUCAAUUAUGUUACUGCGCCGAAUGUUAUGAUCUGGUCUGCUGUGGCAGCCUCUUGCUCGGUGCCUCUUGUCUUUUCAUCUGCGCAACUGCUUGUCAAGAAUCCAGCCACCGGCGAGAACUCUCCCUGGAACCCAACCCCACAACACUGGAUCGACGGAAGUGUGGAUAAUGAUUUGCCAAUGACCCGGUUGGCGGAGAUGUUCAAUGUCAAUCAUUUCAUCGUUUCGCAAGUCAACCCCCAUGUUGUGCCAUUUCUGGUCAAGGACGAGGAAGCCAUCGCGAAGGAUGCCCAGUCUGAUUCGGCUGGACCAGGCUUCGUCUACACUCUCACCAAUCUGGCCAAAGACGAAGCGUUACAUAGACUGCAAGUAAUGGCCGAACUGGGCAUAUUUCCAAAUCUAGUCACGAAAUGCAAAUCCAUCCUAAGCCAAAAGUACUCGGGAGAUAUUACGAUACUUCCGGCGAUAGAUUACAAAGAUUUCCCACGGAUGCUCAAGAAUCCGACUUCGGAUUUUUUGGUCCAGGCCUGUUUAUGUGGAGAGAAAGCGACAUGGCCGAAGUUGAGCAGAAUACGAAAUCAUUGUGCAGUAGAAUUAGAAUUAGAUGCAGCAGUGCAGACAUUACGGACGAGGGUGGUGUUUAGCCCAAGUCAGGUUGAUCUCCGGCGAAUGUCGACUGGAAAUACGUUUACGAAGAGAGUGGGGCGGAGGAGAGGUAGUGGCGGAAACGUGCUGCCACUGCAAUCCACGCGCGAUGAAGAAGGAGAGUUCUAUAUCAGAAAGAGCCUUUCGAGACCGCCAUUGAGAACAGCGAGCACACAGCUGAACCUAUCAAGGAAAUACAUACAACCAGCAAAGCCUUGGUUUCGAUCAGUCCAUGCAACUCCUCUGCCAACUCCUCAGAUCGGAGAUGCAAGACCGGCGAAGAAUCCCUUUGAUCUUCAUCUUCAGCUACCCGAUCUCUCCUCAGCUGGAGAAACGACGCAUUCUCCACCCAGCUCAGAUGCAGAUAUCGACUCCCAUACGGAUGAAAGCAGCCCGGAGCCCGACGCAGCAGACGAUGGGGUUCCGGGUGUGGGUCUCUGCCACAGCCCCAACAGCCAUGCUCGGCGAGCCCCUGGAGUCAUAGAUUUCUUCUCGGCAAGCCAGCCAGUAACCGCUGGAACAGACCACGUUCUGGCGACCUCGCCUCUCUCGGCACGAUCGAACGUGGGAUUCACGACAUCACCUAAUUCAAUGACGAGAAGAUCCGGGGAGUUCAAUAAGAGCGUCGGGACGAGCGGUCCGGAUAUGAGAUACAAGAGGUUGUUCCAUUCACAACCUCAAACGAAACCAGAAGAGAGCCUCAAAGUUCCACCGUGAGAGAAGACGAAUACGAGAGACGCGAAUAUUCAUCACAUUUCGAUUGAGAAAGAUACCAUCGCUUAAUCUAGCGAAUUGCAUAGGGACGGGAAGUCAUGAGCGGUGUUUUAAGGGAUUGAGUGCAUUGAAAAGAGGAUCGGUGCACGGGGUUGGCGUUAGAAGGAUUUAUGUGGAGACGGGACUCGCCGUCGUUGAGAAGUUUAAGAGACGAGCAUUUACUUACAGUGGCAUUAGCAUGAGAGAUUUUCCUGAAUCCAAACAUUUUCUGUUGACUGCG